AACACAACGCGAAAGGGAGGUUCCUUCUUGCUGAGACUCACGCAGAGAGAAUCCCGAAGGAGAACACAAGGCACUCACUUUAGGAUGAAGCUGCAAGAGCAAAGAAGUACUUUGAACACAAACAAAUACCACCCAUGGACCAACAGAUGCAAGAGGAUUCUUUUCCCAAGUACUCCGAUGGCCCCUCUGAUGAGAAUCUGGCUCUUUCCAGGACGGCUUCCUCUCCUGAUGCUGUUCUCUGCCCUGCAGGCACCCACCGGGAAUUCGGAGGUUGCCAUUAACAUCAGCUUUGACUUGGCACAAAAUUCCUUUGAUGACCAGUACCAAGGCUGCAGCCAACAGGUCAUGGAGAAGCUAAGUCAAGGGGAUUACUUCAGAAAAGAACUAGAAACACAUAGAAAUUACUUCAGGGUCUGGAAUAAUGCCCACUUAACCUGGUUAAACCAAGCAAAAGAUCUCCCCAAGAACAUUAAUAUUUUACAUGCUGUGGCCAUCUUGGCUUAUACAUCAAACAACAGCAUUCGCACAGACUUCAUCAGAGCCAUGGCCAGUGCUGCUAGGACUCCACAGGAGUACCAGCAUUCAUUCCAUUUCAAAUACCUACACUAUUACCUGACCUCAGCAAUCCAGCUGCUAAGGAAAGAGAGAGUUGGGAAGAAUAAUUCAUUGUGUUAUAAGGUGCAUCAUGAGAUGAAGAAUAUCAAUUUGGAAGCCUCCAGAGGUGCCACCAUCCGAUUUGGCCAAUUCCUCUCCACGUCCCUCCUAAAAAAAGAGGCACAGAAGUCUGAAAAACAAACUCUACUUACCAUAUUCACCUGUCUGGGUGCACCUAUAGAAGAAGUCUCCUUCAAGAAGGAGGUCCUGAUCCCUCCUUAUGAGUUGUUCAAAGUCGUAAAUUUGAGCUACCACCCGAGAGGAAAUUGGUUGCAAUUGCAGUCAGCUGGGAACCAGAGCACAUAUAACUGUCAGCUGCUAAAAGCUUCCAGCAAAAAGUACAACCCAGCUCCCAUGGUUAUUGCUUCUCUCUCCUUCUUGACCAGUAUUGUCAUCGCUUCUGAAAGUAGAGUAUAAAGAAACCUUGUGGUUUUGCUUUCUCUGAGCCCCUCUGCUUGAUGCCAGCCGGGGCACAGGGCACCCAUGCCCUUGGGGAAUGACUCUGCCCAGUCAUAUACUGACACGGAGCUGGCCCAGCCCACUGCCUGUGUGAGGACCUGUAACUCCGUAUAUUUCUUCUCCACAGACACAGAGAUUCAUACUGAAACAGAAAAGGGCCCAAUCAGAGUGAAUGAGAUAUAAUCAUGGUACUUUUUUGGCAUUGGGAUUGGGAGUGGGGUGAGAGCAUUUUUUUUUUUUUUUUGAGUGAUCAUCAAUGAAAGCAGAGCAAGUACGAGCUUGGAGCUACUAAGUAGCUAUCUUGCGACCAGUGGGGGAGAUUCUAUCUCCUUGAGAAUGGAGCGAACACAAUGAAGGAAGAAUCAAGAAAUGAAAAGAAACUGUUUCGACGAGAGUAAAUGAGCCUCUAGAUCCAAUUGUGCCUGAAACUGGACUCUUGGGCUUUUUAUAUUACAUAAAUCAAUAAAUAGUAUAUUUGCAUAAAUAAUUUGGAUUGAAUAUCCUACUAAAGCAAUUAAAGGAGUUAUGAAUACAA